UUACGGACCAACUCUUUAAUGCGCAGAAGCACGAUAAGUAAACGCAAUCAUUUGACCGACAUUUGAAUUUCGCGCGGCUUGCCUGCAGGAGAUGGUCAUAACUAAUUCCGUAAUUCUCAUGCUUAUACGUGUGCCUUCCAAUCCAUUCGGUAGCAUUUGUAUAAUGUAAUGAAGACUCGGCCGAGUUCUGAGACUUAGUAAAAUUUGAAGAAAACCAUGGGAAAGGGUAAAGAAAAUUACUUAUAAGGCUGGAGCUCCAACGCCACCUCAGUUGUUGCGAGGCGCAUAGAGUACUUUGGGAUUCUUUUACACCUGCACCACGUUUUCCUGCACAGAAGCCUUCCGGCGAAAUUCUGGAGAGCUUCAACGAUCAAACCUUGAUUGGGCCUUUGGUUAUACAGGUGGGAGAAAAGCAGUGAACGUUGUACGUGUAUAGAAACGUAAAAACGCACACCAAAGAGAGAAGCUUGUUGAAAAACAAAAGUUAGUAGCGCGGCAAGUCCACGUCAUCCGAUAUCCUUCGAAUUUUGGAAUACUUCUGCUUAUGAAGAUGCUUAUCAGUUUUAGGACACCGCUUAUGCUGAUUACAGUGACAGCGGUGGCAACCGCAGACGCCGCAAGCAUCAACCGCGAUGCAGCCACAAACCGUGUUAUUGAGUACGAUGUUAGCGGGCGGGCACCUGAUGAGGAAGUUGUGCCCGGAGGGCUGGAAACCGGCCUGGGUUUACAAUUGCCAGCAGGAGCGGAGCUUGUGGUAGGAGAUUACGUGCAGACUACGUUCAGCUGUGAAGACGAGCAACAUCAGAAGUACGGCUAUUACGCCGAUGUCGAUAACAACUGCAAAGUGUUUCAUGUCUGCAAUCCCAUACGAAGCCCCAGCUCGAGCCCGCAGCACCUACAACAGUAUCCAGAUUUUUCAGAUGUGAACGUGCUACAAUAUUCAUUUUAUUGUGGUAACGGGACAGUAUUUGAUCAGUUUUCGAUGACAUGUGCGUUUGAGGAUGACGCAAUACCGUGUAACAAUUCGCCGGAAUUUUUCUAUCUCAAUGAUAAUCUUGGCAUUGAGGAUGCGCCUCUGCUGACCGAUAACGAUAUCGCUAGAAAAAUGGCUCUCAUCGAGGCUUCUCGUGGACAACAGUCGACCCAGACUGAAGCCUCUCCAACUCAACCACCCGUCGAUGAGGUGGUAUCAGGCUCGGAUGAAAGUACGCUUUCUACAAAGGCACCGUUCCGUGCUCAAACACCAUCGUAUGGCAAACGCCACUCCCCGCCACAGGCAAAGAGGCCCUUGGAUUCACCCCAACAAAAACAAACUAAACCAUCACCACAGCAACAGCAAUCGCAGUCAAAGAGGCCAGCUCACCAGCCAAAGUACUCUACGGUGUCAACGGUACAGCCAUCAACGCACACCGGCAAGGAUCAAACCACUAUCGCCAACACCAGUAUCACAACGUCAAUAUCUUAAUCGGGUUACAAAUAAUGACAGUCUCUAUGGCGAUUUUUUCUCGUGCGAAAAUUGCAAUGGGAAGCGCACACAAUAUCGCCUAUGAAGACUAUAAAAGCAAAGACCUAUUAAAAGCAAACUAAUGCCACAGGCAUGGUCGAGCUUGAGGUUAGGAGGCGCUAUCAAAGGCGUCUAUUUGAUCGCGCAGGUUACGCCCCCUCGUGUGCAAUGAGCUUCAGAUCCACCGAAGACAAGACUUCCGCCUAUUUCGCAUUGAAAACCCUGUAUCUACUAGAGGUAGCUAUUUAUACUAUCGAGUCGACCGUAAGAGAAUAUGUGAUUAUGAAAAAACAGAGUAUUUUUUGUUGGCUUGCAUCUGUGGCAACUCGGAAGGUUUGAUGGACACCGGGAACUGUUUGCCCGGUGGCGUGUCGUAAAUGAGCAGAAUCCAGGCAGUACCAAACGCUGCCGAAGAUGUAGAAACAAUAAUAAUAAUAAAGUAACGUGUAUCGAUAAACGAGAGCUUUGACUACUUCAGGUAAAAUCGGGCUUGGA